AUGGCGGCCUUCAGAAAAGGCCCCCUGUUCCAGACAACAUGGAUGUGUGUUCGUCACCGGGGUAAAGUCAACAUCCAGAGGCCCAGACCUGGACCAUGGGAACGACGGAUUCUAGAGGCUAUGACAGUGCCGAUUGUUCUGCGCGACAUGGAUAUACUGAAAACAGACUCACAAAAAUGUGCGGAGUGGAGGGAAAAAAACAAAAAGAAAAUUGCAGAGGCAAAUCCUUGGGAGGAGUUUCUUGUGGCUCGUUGUAAGGAAAUGUUUGACCAGCACAAGAUGGUGGCAGUGUUCCAGGCUCUACCCUCCAAAAUGGAGGAGAAAAAAGCAGUACAUAACAAGUUAAUGAAGCAAGGACUACGUUUACAGCAUUUCCCUAACGAAGUCAUGCUGCAGGCAAUAAAAAACACAAAAUUCGUCAAUCUCUCACCACUCCUGAUUGGAGAAAACCUGUUUGUCAUUGGGGAGGAGCCAAAUCUGCCCGGCAUGAUGAAAAUAACACGGAAAGUUACCCACAUGGCCUUGUUAGGUGCUCUUGUGGAGAAUCGUAUCCUGUCACGUGAGGAAGUCACUCAUUACUCCACCUUACCCGAUCUCCCAAUGGUCCGUGGACAACUGGCUAGUCUGCUGAACUCUGCUGCAUCAAAAACACACAGACUGUUAGGGUCCCAACAGUUAAGACUCUCAACAAACUUGGAACAAUACAUUAAACAGAGAACAGAGGAUGGUAGCAGUGGUUCUUGUCCAGAAAACAGCUGACCUGUGUGGAGUUUGUAUAGGCUUACAAUCUGUGACAGAGACUACCAGUAAAGUUGCAGAGUGGAGUGGAGUUAUAGAAAUUGUGAGGUGAAUGAUAUCACAGAUGAGUAAUGGUUCCUAUGAGUGUAUAUAUGAUCAUAGAUCGUGCAUUGGAAUCUUUAAAAUAUCAACCAGUGGGAAGUUUAUAAUAUACAAGCCAUUGGAAACAUCAGUGAAAACUCUGCUGUAUAGAGUUUGUCGGCACUAGGUUUUAAUAAAUUAGUGAACCAUCUGGUGAUUAAGUAGUUUCUCCCUCUUCCAAAUUGUUAAGUCUUGUUUUUUUUAUGGCUUCGUUUGGAAUGGAAACUGGCUCUUUCACUAUUUGUGAAAUUAAAACAACUUGCCUGAUUGUUUUUUAGGUCUGACUGCUCCGACCAGUGAUUAUCUGAGUGUAGGUCUGUCUAAAGAUCAUGUUAAAUAUCAUUAACAGUCUCCUGUUCUUAUUGAAUAAGAUUUUGUAAGUUUUUUUUUGUGAAAAUAUUUCAUUCAGUAUUUCUCAUUAUAAAUAAUUACAGUUAUCCCAUGUAAGAUUGUAUGGAAAAUGUCCAUCUCUUACUCUCUUUGUGCUAGAAAGUCGCAAUGUCAUUCUUGUGAAAGAGUAUUUGUGAAAUCGCUAAAGGUCAGAUGAAUGAACCAGUUUAACAUUUGAAAAUUCAAGGUUAACAAGCUGGGUUUUUUUUCAACAAAUUAUAGACUGUAUAUAUCUGCAUGGUUCAUUUCUGGCCAAAAAAGUAUAAAAUCAUAGAAAAUGUUUACGAAAUUAUAGAAAAAACGUAACACAAUCAUGACUAUACAUUUACCCUGACAUCUUUUAGUUUCAACUGAAAAUCUUCAGUUUAUCUUUUAUGACAGUGUAAUGUAAGCAGCUAUUUUGUGAUCUGACUUUCUACUUUUAAUUGUAACAUGCAUUUUAACAUUUGUGAAAUUACACCUUGUCCUGUGCAUUACAGUUCAUUCUGAUGAUACCAGGGUGAGGAACAGAGUAAACUUAAUACCCAAAAUGAA